AUGGAAGGGGUUCAACCCCUGGAUGGGGCUGUGCAAAAUGUUCCAAGGGCAAGAUCCACAUGGAAGAAGCUAUGGCUGGUGGCCUCUGGGAUUCAGGGACUAUUGCUAGUCCUGUGCCUCGCCUACGUCUGCUGGCACUACUACGCUCCUCCGGUGGAGAGUCCUUCAAUUCAAAGUAUACGAGUAGAACUUAUCAGAUGUGAAAAGAACAGACUUUCCCUCUUCACACCCCUCAACAAGUCUGAAACCAUGAAGGUGCAAAACAACUCGAUCGUCAUCACCUGUGAUGGAUUUUACCUCAUCUACAUGAAGGGGUCUUUCUUCCAGAAUGUCAAGAUCAACCUUCAUUACCGGAAGGGUUGGGAACCCAUCUCCAUCUCUGUGGUGGGCAGUGACCACAGUGUCAACUUUACUGCGGUGGUCUAUCUGUAUUACAAAGAUAUCGUCUACUUGGAUGUGAAAACUCAAAAUACUUCCUGUGAACAUCUCCAGAUGAAUUAUGGGGAGUUGAUUCUUGUCCAGCUAAAUCCUGUAAUGCAGCACCUGCAGGAUGGAGCACUCUCAUGAAUGCCGU